UUUUUCAUCAAUGCAGCACAAACAGAUCAUUUCAGUGAUGAGGAAAUAUCUCCAUAAUAUUUAAUAGUUUCAGAUUUGUCUUUUUUAAUCGAUUAAUAAAAAAUAUUGAGAUUUGGAAGAGCUGCUAAUGGUAAUAUGGAGAAAAAUUAUAAUUUGUCAUAUUUAUUCAACUCUACUAACCCAUAAAGACAAAGAUUAUGUUUUCUUUUACACAAGUUCAAAACAUUGUCCACUGUCCUGUGUUAACGUAACCAUGGUUUUUUAGCCGUAGAUUUACAGCUGCAUUACACGUGCCUUGAUUUUGGAGCUCUGCUUAACGUAUCACCAACCAGAUCAGUACAGUUUAAAUCAUAAUGGUUGUUUAAGGUGACAUAUGUAGCAGUGUUAGAAAUUAUUAUCAAGAUGCAAAGAAAUAAUGUUUCUAAAAUAUUUUGGUGCCAUGUCAAAAACAUCUCUGUUGUGUUGCAGAGAUAUCUACUGAAGUUAACAUGCUAACAACUAGAUCCAGGCCUGAAACCAGAGCCGCCCAGCAGGCCACCUAGAUUCAGUCUUUGUGUGUUGUUAGCGCGCUAACAGCUGGGUGCCAAUCAGAGUUACCAUUUGUUUUUCAUUUGCGCCUUUGUGUUUAUCUUCAGGGCAUGUCUCUCUAGUACAUUUACACUCAGGUGGGGUAAAGAUUAGACAUAUUUAAAAGGGCCUAAUACUCAUUCACUGACUUUUAUUCUAAGGACAAUAAUGUAAGGGGUUACAGAGCACAUUGAUUUUUACUUUAUUAAUAUGUUUUUGAUGCAACAGAAGUUCAUUUGGCAUGUUCAGGGGUUCAAUAAGUGCAUGACAGGUUUUUAGUUACAGCUGCACGUGAGCCUGUGGUCUUAUAUGGCUCAUUUCCAGAUAGUGUGUAGCUGUAUACAAAGAUACGAUACCAACAGUGUAAACGCCCUCACUGAGGCCUAUAAAUGAAAUGACCUUUCAGCUGUCUGCAAGAUUCUCACUAUCACCCGACAGAGCAGAUCACUGCGAAUCCAAAGACUUCAGAUUGUCUCUGACCAUCACAUCAACCCCUCGUCCUGCAGCUGCGACAGAGACUCUGACUCCAACAUGUUCUUGUUCCUCUUCCUGUUUGGUCUGGCUCUGGGUGCUGUGUCUCCUUCAGAUGUGCCUCAAGUGAAGCUGCAGCGUGGCGGCUGUCCCAUGUUCUGGUACAGCUUCAACGGACGCUGCUACAAGUACGUUUCAACACAUUUGACCUGGGCUGAUGCAGAGCUGUACUGUGUGUCAGAGGGAGCCAACCUGGUGUCUAUCCACAGUCGCGAGGAAGAGGAUUUUGUCAAGUCCCUGGUCAAGAACUUUGACCACGGUGAAGGACCCACCUGGAUCGGACUCAGUGACAUCCACAAAGAUGGAAGAUGGAUGUGGUCUGAUGGUUGUGCAGUGGACUUUGUCUUUUGGAAUGCAGGAGAGCCAAACAACUACGGAGGAAGUGAACCCUGUGUUCACAACAACCAUGGCACAGAUCGGAGGUGGAAUGACUGUCUGUGUUCAGGAACUUAUCCCUCUGUUUGUGCAUCUCGCAUAAUGUGUCCUUCUUAACUGAUGUGGUUCCAUAUGUCUGAUUCAACCUGGGCCCUGUUCACCUGUUUCUCUGUUGAUGUGCUACUACAAAGAUAACUGUGUAUAAUGAAUGUGUGUGUGUGCACCUGGAUUGGACUCUGAGGUGAUCAGUGACUUUCCACCUGUUGCUCUGUAGUGAUGACAGAUUUAAAUGUGAUGAUUGAAAUUCUCCUUUUGUUUUUUGCGUUUUGGAUCCCAGCUGAUCAUUAAAGCUUGUUUUA